AUGCCUAUAGACCGACCUGGGCCCUCGCCCGCGCCCGCCAUGUCCUCGUCCAAUCGCACAUCUUCGCUUCCGAGUCCGCCGCCAGGGAUGCCUUCGACUGCAACCGCGCCUGCGGCUAUGGCUCCUUCGGCAUCGCUGCAGCCACCACCUUCAGAGCUCCAGCAGCAGCGGAGGAGGCGCAUCUCGGAAAAGGCCAUCUCCCUACUGCGCAUCGGCGGCGGCGGCGGCGGCAGAUCGAGCAGGCGCCAAAGCCAAAGGGACGGCGGCGCUUCCGAGACGGCUUCGAUCGCCUCGGGCCGCUCCGAUAUCACACCAAGGGGAUCAUCCGACGUGAGGCUAUCGCAGGAUGGCAGGCCUCUCUCCUACCAGCCUCGCAUCAGACCUCCGUCCUUGCAGCCACCGACCUCGGCCGUUGCAGCAGCCCCCACCAAUCAGGCACCGCUGCCUCAAUCGCGCCUGUCGGCCCCGCAGCAGCUUCGCAGCCCUCCGCGUGCGUCACAGUCUGCGCAGGCCGAGAGCUCCCUCCACGCCCGCCUCCAAGCCCUCCUGCACGACGAGCAGCAGGACGCCGCCUCAUCGCCUCAGAUAGAGAUCGAAGCGGCCCGUCCCGAGCCGCACCGAGCGGUCUCAGACGCCACCACCGUCGGAGGCAGCUCGGGCUCACCUAGCCAAGCCCGGCAGGUUGCUGACACGAGCUCGAGCGGCAGUAGCAGACCCGCCCGCGUGCCUCACCGCCGGUCCGAGUCGACGCUCAAGAGGUACCUCGACCUGCCGGACCAUGCCGCGGGCUCUGCGAGUCGCUCCACGUCUGUGCCGCACAAGCAUACCAAGAAGCGCAAGGUCAUUCGCGGCGCCGUGCCGGUGGUGCCCUCGCUGGCCCUUUCAGCCGCUGUGGCCGACAAGAUCUCGCCCGUCACCCUGUCCGACCCGCCCUCGGCCGUCGCAGCUUCUCCUGCCUCGUCGAAACCCUCAUCCGCGCCAUCGCGCUCGUCGAGCCUGGGUCUGCCGGCCAAGGACAACGCCGGUCCUCCGACUGGGGAUGUCGCUACCACGUCCGAGCUCCUCGCUGAGCCGCAAAGGCUGCAAAGGCCCAGCGUCAAGGUCCGCAUCGUGACCUGGAACAUGCACGAGAGCUUGCCCAAGGGCGACCUCGAGGUCCUGCUCGGCAGGCCCGGCGUCUAUGUCCCUCCCGAAGAAGGCUGGGACAUUGCGGCCAACAGCGAAGCCGAGGAUGCGGCCGACGACAGCGAAGACCACGACCGCGACGACGACCGCGACGAUGACUGUGGUGGUGCCGCUCCUGCUGCCACCGCCAAAAACGCUGCGGGACCCGCCGCGGGCAGCGACGAAGCCGCUCCCACCGGCAACGAGACCGACAAGACGCCCCAAGGUGUUGCGAGCAAGACAGCAAAAGCGAAGCGCGGCCGCUACGUGAUCGGGCAAGAGACGACGCCGAGGAGGGACCGCAUCCCGCCUCUUCCGCACGACGACGAGCAUCCUUACCACCUGCUCGUCAUUGCGGGCCAGGAGUGCCCCUGGGGCGAUGGCAAGAGGCUCGCCACCGGCGUCGGCCUGGCAGGCGAGCUGGGCGACAUCGGAAAGCAAAAGGCCAGAGCGGCCAAGGAACGGGAAAAGGAGGCGCGAGAACGCGAGAAGGAGCGUUCGAAGGCCAAGGACAAGGGCAAGGACAAGGACAAUAAUGCCCCUCGACCGCUUGCGCCCGGCGACACCGACACAGACGGCGGCAGCGACGGACACAAGGCCGGACUCGGCGGUCCAUCUGAUCCGACGGGCUUUCCCUUCCAUGCAGCGAGCCAAGCGCAGCCGCCAUGGAACGGCGCGCCGCUGCUAUCACCGUUGAUUGGCGGCACAGAAGCGGCUAGGUUUGCCGGACCUGCUAGCACCCUGCCUCCUCCUCCUCCUCCUCCUCCUCCUGCCACGCCGGGAUCCACAUCGCUGAUCGAAGGCGUGGGUGAAAAGGUGACUUCCGCCGCCACGGGCAUCGCCGGAGGCUGGACCGGCCUCGGCGGCAAAGGCUGGAGCGACAUGUGCGAGGACUGGUUCUGCCGUGGACCCUCGACGUCCGGCAGAGACAAGGACCGGGCCCUCUUGAGCGGCGCCCUCCUCGCCCGUGCCCUGGCCCACUCGCCAUCCAAGAAGGAUCUCUUGCUCAACGACAGGAGGCUGUCGAGCAACAGGGCGGGCAACGUCCAGUCCCAGCCCGGCACUCCAGACCUGUCCCGCGCCGCAAGUCCGGACCCGGUGUGGAGCCUUCCCAGCACACCCGGCCCCUCGACGCCGCAGCUGCAGGCCGCCGACCUGCAGGCGACCUCGUCCGCCCCCGGCUUCUCGCCGCGUGCCGCUUUGCGCAGCAAGAAGGACGUGCCCAAGCUGCGGCUCAAGGUCGACAGCCUUGGGCUGGAGAAGAAGGGCAGCGAAGGCAUCUUUCAAUCGCCAGUCGAGUCCAACAGCGCCGUGACACGGCCCAGAUCGCCCCUGUCGAUGCCUCACCCGGAUCACAAGAAGCACGAUGCAUUGGCGGCCUUCCCGUCCGCCGUCCCACCGUCCAAGAACCUGCUCUCUGUGCCCACAGCGCCGUCCUUCAUCCGGAGCAGCAGCAGCAGCAGUGUUGCCUCGGUCGAGGAGGGCGCCAAAGGCGGGCCCGACACCGCCAAGCCGAGCCCUGGCCCACGCCCGUUGCCGUUCAGGUCGCCGUCGCCAGCCAUCUAUCCGGCCGAAGCUCUCCGAUCGGACUCGGGAGAGCAUGGGCUUGGCUUCCUCGGCCCGUCCGCCAUGCCCUCGAAGAGCCCGUCGUCCGAGAGGCUGGCGGCGCUCGCCAAGCAGCACGGCGUGCCGCCCCUCAGCAGCGAUGUGCCGCGGAUGCCAGACGGCACGCCCAAGGCGCUGGGGCCCUACGAGCUCGUGAUCAAGGAGCGCAUGAUGGGCUGCUACAUGGCCGUCUACGUGUGGCGCGGAUGCCGCGAUCGCAUCCGCGGCGCCAGCCGCUCCCACGUCAAGGACGGUCUCGCCGGCCGGCUCGGCAACAAGGGCGGCGUCGGCAUCAGCGUCAAGCUGGGCGCCACCCGUUUGCUCUUUGUCAACGCCCACCUCGCCGCCCACGAGGGGCGCGUCGCCGUCCGCCUGGCCAACGUCGCCAAGAUCAAGGCGGCGCUCAAGGUGGACUCGUUCCUACCGCCCGAGGAUCCGCGAUCGAAGCUCGAAGACAUCACCGAGCAAUUCGACCACUGCUUCUGGUUCGGCGACCUCAACUUCCGCAUCGACAUCUCGCGACACCACGCCGACUGGCUGAUGAUGCACAAGCGGUACGACCAGGCGCUGGCCUUUGACCAGCUCGGCAAGGUCCUUCGCGAGGGCGAGGCUUUCACCGGCUUCAGCGAGGCCCCCAUCGACUUCCCGCCCACCUACAAGUACGACGUGCUCAAGACGCUGAAGCCCAAACGCAAGAAGACGGUCACGGAUCGCAUCCUCCAUCGUCGCACGGGUAGCAAGAGCGGCAAGGAGAUCUUUGCGCCGCUAGCCGAAAGCAGCGGGGAAGCCAACAGCAGUGUCGCCGUGGCUCGAGGGCCUGCAGCCAGCGCCGUGGCCGUGCCCGCAGCUGGCGCGGCCGUCGUCCCACCGGAUUGUGACCCCACGCUGACCGAGGACGACGCGGUUGCGGACCAGUCGGCGCAGGAGGACGCAGCCGGUGUCAGUGCCUCCGUCGCCGUCCCGAUCGCUCGUAAGCGGAGCGACUCCUGGACCGUCGACGGCAAGGUUGCGACAACGCCCCUGAUGCCAUCCUCGUCGCCGGGGAAGCCUGUAAGGAGGGUCAGUCGCAGUCGGAAAGCCGCCCAGGCCCAGCUGGAACGUGCAGCCCAACUGCAGGGGCAGGAUGGGACCGCCCUGACCGACGACGACACCAGCUCGAUUUCGUCGUCGGCGUGGGAUUCGGUCGGAUCCUCUUCGGGCUUCGCCACCAACUUUGUCCUGGCAGGUGGCGCAGAGGUGGCGAGGCAGGAGACGACGCUGUCCGAGGCCGAGCAGGAGGCACAGAACCGCCGCAUCGUCGAGGAAAACACGCAGGCCGCUCAGGGCCGGAAGCUCUUCUCGCAGGGCGCCGCCAUCAAGGCUAAGAUCCGCAUCCUCGACUUUGUCAAGAACGCUACCGGCCAGCGACCUUCGAGCGCACCAGACUCGGCUGGGCAGGUGCCUCGCGACGACGAUUCGCUCAGCCCGCGCCCCUACCAGGGCCGACGACGGUCGAGCUCCAACUCCAAGGGCUAUUCGGCUGACUCGGAAGUUUCGCGCUACGCUGCCGCCGAGCCGGUCGUUAUUGCCGGCCUGGCCAGGCAGAACAGCGUCGUGUCGGCCAAUAGCCGGCGCAGAGACUCGGGCUCGGGCUUCUCCCACAUGAGCCACUCGUCGCUGCAUCCUUCGUCGGCCAACCUCGGCACCAGCCUCGCCACGCAUUCGUCCUCGUCCGACGGCCACGGCAUCUCUCAUGUCGCUUCCGGCCCGGACGCCCCAGCUGCGGCCACUGGCAGUGGGGCAGGCCUCGACACGGAUCGGGCCACGAGCAGCGCGGGAACUGCUGUGGACGCCAACGGCGACAAGCGCGGCUUGAAUCGCUCGACCUCGCAGAGCACCCAGCUAUCCCGGUCCACUUCCAACGCCUACAGUCUGGCAUCGGAGCAGCAGCUGAGCCCGCUCCGCGAGCAGCCCUACGACACCAGCGCCAAGCAGCGCGUACCGUCAUGGUGCGACCGCGUCCUCUUCAGGAGUACGGUCCCGGUCGCAGACGACAGUAGCGACGACGGCGACAGCGAAAGCGACGAUGGGUCAAGCCAGCGGCGGCGCGACUCUGGAGCGCAUGAGGGGCUUGGCUCGCGUGUGGGCACCGCCCUCACCAACGCCUUCCUGGCGCCGCUCAAGCAGGCGGCAGAGCGGCGGCAAGCCAGCCGCCAGACGAGCACCUCUUCCGCCUUGAUGGCCGCUGCGGCCGCCUCAUCCUCCAUCACCUUUGCUGAGCCUGAGCUGGCUGCUGCAAAGCCGACACUCGACCCGGCCCUCCGAGUGCCCGCCCGGGCUCGCGCCGUCUCGCAUGGUGCUGCAUCCAACGCCGGCGCAAGCCCGGACAAGGCGAGGUCCUCGCAACAGCUGCUGCAGCGCCUGCUCCACCCCAAGCGCCGCUCGUCAAAGAAGCUGAAGCCCAGCCGUACCAUCGAAGCGCCCUCGUCGUCGUCAUUGACAGCUUCUUCGUCGUCGUUGCUGCGACCAGGCGAUCGGCCGGCGGCCCUCGGCAUCCACGACAAGAGGGCCAUCAGCGCAGUCGACCUGCCGUCGCAGGUCCGCGAGCGGGAUAGGCAGUUUGAUCUCGCUUCGCCGUCGUCGGACUACCAGCAUCAUCUGCUUCCGUCUCCGCUGGUGUCGACGGCUUCGACGCUCGACGCAGCCGUCGCUCGAGCUCCAUCGGCCACGACCGACAGCGCACCGACACGCCCGCUAUCGCCCUUGGAAGGGCGCAACGCCGCGCAGAAGAGUCGCCCGGGAUCCUUGCACUCGGUCGAUGCUGCGUCGCCCAAGGAGACGAGGCCCGCCGUCAUCAGCAAGCUCUCGUGGAAGGCGAGCCCGACGAGCGAGACGCACGAGGGCGCCACCCCUUGGCCUUCGUCGCCAUCGGCGUCCCGUGCUGCCAGCCCUUCGCGGCGCCGAACGGCAAGCCCGCGCACCUCGGCUUCCCACGAGCGCUCCGCCUCGCCCAGGCGACCACGCGGUCGGCGGACAGGCUCCGAGACGAGCAUCGGUAGCGGUGCGACGCCGCACCGUCACCGCCAUCUGCCUUCAUCGCUGACGCCUCUGUCCCGGCAUUUUGCGAAUCACGAGUCGCCGAAGGCAGCGGCGGCCGCAACGACAGUCGGGGCGGACGACUUGGCGGUCACGACGGAUCGCAACAGUCACGCCCCUGCCGACGAGGCCCCGCCUAGCCCGCCGACGGGUCCAUCGAGGCUGUCGGGAGGCUGGUGGAUGAACCACCUGUCGCACCAUCUGCCGUCGUUCCUCACUCCGGCUCUGACCGCGCUGCGCAGUGGGCACGAGCACGAUGUCGAGGUCGAGGCCGAUGGACGUGCCUCCGGUGAUGGUGGUCGGAGCCCUGCGCCUCAGCUCGUGGGACCCAAGAAGGGCCACAUCGAGUGCCUGCUCUACAAGAGCCUCGACGACCGAGAGAUGCGGAUCCUCGAAGGCCGAUCCGACCACCGUCCCGUCAUCUUUGUGGGCGCCAUCGGCAUCUAG